UUCUGACUCGCCGUCGCAGGAUCAUCGCAGGAUCAUCGCUUUAUCAUCGCAUUCUUCUCAAAGCCGACGCGAUCCACACACCGACAUCUUACACCAAACGGAUCAUUUAAUCGAUAUACAGAGCAUCGCGUUUUGCUGGAAGCACGCAGAAUGGGCUGUCGAGGGCUUUUCGUGUUACUGAUGGCCGCGACGUCGACGCUCGCUGCUGAGGUGCCGUCGGACUCCGGUACCGGACUGUUUGCCGAGCCGCAGAUCGCCAUGUUCUGUGGGAAACCCAACAUGCACAUCAACGUUCAGACCGGGAAAUGGGAACCCGAUCCGUCCGGAAGCAAGAGCUGCAUCGGGACAAAAGAGGGAAUCCUGCAGUACUGCCAGGAGGUGUAUCCAGAGCUUCAGAUCACAAACGUGGUGGAGGCCAAUCAGCCCGUCAGUAUCUGGGACUGGUGUAAGAAGAGCCAGAAGCAGUGCCGCAGUCACACGCACAUCGUGGUGCCGUAUCGCUGCCUGGUCGGGGAGUUUGUGAGCGACGCUCUGCUGGUUCCUGAUAAGUGUAAGUUCCUGCACCAGGAGCGCAUGGACAUGUGUGAGAGCCACCUGCACUGGCACACCGUCGCCAAAGAGUCCUGCGGCGACCGCAGCAUGAAUCUCCAUGACUACGGGAUGCUGUUGCCAUGCGGUAUCGACCGUUUCCGUGGCGUCGAGUUCGUCUGCUGCCCUGCAGAAGUGGAGGAGUUGGACAGCGCAGCCGCGGAGGAGGACGAUUCAGACGUGUGGUGGGGAGGAGCCGAGAAUGAAUACAGCGACAACAGCAUGACGCGAGACGCAGGAUCCGAACCGGCCGUGGUGGAGGAUGACGAGGAUCUGGACGAGGAAGAGGAGCUUCUGGACAACGACCAGGAUGGAGACGGAGACGAGGAUGAGGAUGAGGAUGAGGAGCAGCGCCAGAGCAUCAGCGUCGCCAUGACGACCACCACCACGACGGAGUCGGUGGAGGAGGUGGUGCGAGAGGUGUGUUUUGCGAGCGCAGAGACGGGCCCCUGCAGGGCCAUGUUGGCCCGCUGGUAUUUUGUGCGUGAGGAGGGCCGCUGCGCUCCCUUCAUCUACGGCGGCUGCGGAGGAAACCGCAAUAACUUUGAGUCGGAGGAGUACUGUCUGUCCGUCUGCAGCAGCGUCUUGCCGACUCCCUCCUCCAGUCCUCCAGACGCUGUGGACCGAUAUCUGGAGACGCCAGCCGACGAGAACGAGCACACACACUUUCUGAAGGCCAAAGAGAGUCUGGAGGCCAAACACCGCGAGCGCAUGUCUCAGGUGAUGAGGGAAUGGGAAGAGGCCGAGAGACAGGCAAAGAGUUUACCACGCAACGACAAGAAGGCCGUGAUCCAGCAUUUCCAGGAGAAGGUGGAGGCUCUGGAGCAGGAGGCAGCUAGCGAGCGACAGCAGCUGGUGGAGACGCACAUGGCGCGGGUGGAGGCGCUGCUAAACGACCGCCGACGCCUCGCUCUGGAGAGCUAUCUGUCUGCCCUGCAGGCCGAUCCACCCCGGCCGCAGCACGUGUUCAGUCUGCUGAAGAAGUACGUCCGCGCCGAGCAGAAGGACCGACAGCACACGCUCAAACACUUCGAACACGUGCGCAUGGUCGACCCCAAGAAAGCGGCGCAGAUCCGGCCUCAGGUGCUGACCCAUCUGCGUGUGAUCGAGGAGCGGAUGAAUCAGUCUCUUGGUCUGCUGUACAAGGUUCCCGGAGUCACUGAAGACAUUCAGGACCAAGUCGAGCUGUUGCAGCGCGAGCAGCAGGAAAUGUCGGCUCAGUUAGCGAAUCUGCAGAGCGACGUGAGGGUGAGUUACGGUAAUGACGCCCUGAUGCCCGACAGCACCGCCAACCUCGACCUGCUGCCCUCCGAAGACACGCAGGGCUUCAUCCACCCAGAGAGCUUCAACCAGCCCAACACACAGAACCAGGUUGAGCCGGUGGACGCGCGACCUGUCCCGGACCGAGGCCUGCCGACCCGACCAGUGUCUGGACUGAAGCCUGACGAUGUUCCUGAGCUGCGGAUGGAAGCUGAAGAGAGACACAGUGAAGUUUACCACCAGAAACUGGUUUUCUUCGCCGAGGACGUGAGCUCCAAUAAGGGAGCUAUUAUUGGCCUGAUGGUCGGAGGUGUUGUCAUAGCAACCAUCAUCGUCAUCACCCUGGUGAUGCUGAGGAAGAAGCAGUACACAUCCAUCCACCACGGAAUCAUUGAGGUGGAUGCUGCUGUGACCCCGGAGGAACGUCACCUGUCUAAGAUGCAGCAGAACGGCUAUGAAAACCCCACCUACAAGUUCUUCGAACUAAUGCACAACUGAUGGUGUGAGGCUCCUCUUCCUCCCUGUUUCUCCUCCUCUUCCUCCUCACCUCUGCAGACGGUGCAGGAGACACCAGCCCGACCUCACCGCUCAUUAACAUCUCGCUUCCUAUUGGCCACUUCACAUGACUGUCAAUCAAACAUGACUUCCCAUUGGCUGGACGAAUAUGAACUCGGUCAGUUUCAAGUUAUUGAAGAUGCUGUUUCAAUCUGAAUGCACAAUUCAGAUUGAACAUAUAAUUCGGAUUUAGUUUUAAAUUCACUGCAGAUUGUAAAACUGGGCUGGACGAGCAUGAACAUGACUUUAAUGCUGUUGGGGUCAGUUUCAAGUUCAAUUCAGUUUAAAUUGAACAUAUGAAUUUGAUUCACAUCAAAUUCAAUGCACGGUUCUGAAUUCACUCCAGAUUUUCAACUAUAAAAUUCUGUUGGCUGGACGAACAUCAGCUUUAUCAGAUGGGGUCCGUUUCAAGUAUUCAAAUUCAAAUCACUCAUACUGUAGAACUGAAUUCAUAAUUUCAAAUCACAAAUCAAAUUGAUUGCAUAAUUUGAAUUCAAUUCAAAUCACAAAUUGAAUUAAACAAAAUUGAAUCGAAUUUAAUGCAUAAAUCAAAUUCAGUUCAAUUCACAAAUUAAAAUUCAGAUUCUCCUAAAUUAACCACCUAAAUCAAAAUCUGAUCAAGGGCCAAUUUAGUUCAGUUUAAAUUAAACAUAUGAAGUUUGAAAAUAUAUAUUUUUAAUUUGAUUCACAUCAAAUUCAAUCCACAGUUGUGAAUUCACUCCAGAACUAUGACUUCUCAUUGGCUGGACAAACAUGAGUUCAGAUUUUUUUUUUCAGAGUUCAUCACAAAUCAGAUUGAGUGCAUAAUUCAAAUGUAGUUUUAAAUUCACUCCUGUUUUCAACUAUGCCAUGCAACUGUCUGGACCAACAUGAACAUGAUGAGAUUAAUGCUUUUCGGGUCAGUGUCAAGUUUACAUUGAACACAUAAUUCAAAUUCACUUUGAAAAUUCAGUUUUAAAUGUGAUUGCAAAUCAAAUUCAAUGCACAGUUCUAGAUUUUAACUCCAGGUGUCUGCCGGACAAACAUGAAGAUGAUCAGAUUAAUGCUGUCGGGGUCAGUUUCAAGUUCAGUUUUAGUUUCAAACCAAGUUUCACUCCAGAUUUGAUUAACUGUGACUGGUUUAUGUUGUUAAGAUCAGUUUCGAGUUCAGUUUAAAUUGAACGCAAAGUUUGAGAAUUCUGUGAUCCACAUCAAAUGCAAUGCACAGUUCUGAAUUCACUCCAGAUUUUUUGUAUCUAAUGAAAUCAGUUUGAUCUCAUCAUUCCCUAAACUUUCUGAAUCUGAUCUGUUGACUGACCGUAUCGAGUUGGGUUUUGUGUCGCUGCACCGUCUGCUCUCGCACUACUAACCAAGUGAAACACUGGGAUAUCUGAGGAUGAUUGUCUGAUUCUUCCUCCUCUUCAUCGCACACUGACUGCAGCUGCGCUGUGUUUGGUGACGCAUUAAACCCGUCAGAGAUUAUUCUGGUAAUCAAUGUCCUUCUGAAUGAGAUCUUCAAAACGUUUGAUCGUUUCUGGUGAUAAUUUUAAAAAGUGAUAAUUUUAAAAAGAAACAAUUUUUUUUAGUUGUCGAUAUUUAAGUAAUGCAAAAGAAGAAAGGCUAGUUGUAACUACGUAGUGCAUGAUAGAAAAAAUGACGAGGAAACUCUUCUGCUAUUUGGAUCUCGGUGUUUUCUCACGUAGAGGCGUUUUAGCAGGAUUAAACAGUAACUUGUGAAAAUGUGAUUUGAGUUGCACAAAAAAUGACUCAAUUUGCUUCUAAUAGAACUUAAACUGAUUUAAAUGCUUUGAUUUCAAGAUCUGGUUGUUUUUUAAAUCCAGCUGAGAUCCUGUCGAUGUACAUUUACUGUCUUUAAUGUUUUUUUCGUCCUAUGCAUUUCAGAGAUUUA